CAAUGACACUAACAUAGUAUUAUAUAUUUACUGUUGAAUCCUUAAAAUACCUUCUUCUUUUAUGCGUGAUAAGGUACUCUGGUCUAACACAUCAUUUAUAAUCUCCGGAAAAAUCAUUCAUUUGGUAUGUUACACUUGUGCUAUUUGUUGCCAAGGUGCCUCUCCACAUGAAAAUAUUUUCUAAAUCAUAAGAUGAAGUCUUCAUUUCUUUCAAUAAUCCACUGUAAUUUGACUCCCCUAUUAUAUCAAAAGAAUUUCUUUUUAAAAUCUAAAAUAGAUGAACUAUUAAACAAAAAUCUUCUUGUGGAUAAGUCUUUUGUGAAUAAGUUAUAUUCUAAGUUUAGUAACCAAAUCUUCUCGGAGGUCCUCUAGAAAAUCAAUAUAUGGGUUAACAUUAACAUGUCAACAUUAAAAGAAAUUGUUUGCUUAGUUUCAAUUUUUUCAUAUUUCAUAAACACAAGACAUCAUAAAUGAUCUGUUUAACAAAAUUUGACAUUGUCAUACCCAUAAUUGGCUGACACAAAAAAAUACAUGAUAGCAGACAGACAAGACAAGGAGGUGAACUAUAACUAGGUCAGUGACUUUAUAUUAAUUUCAAUUCUUUCACCCUUUUCUACAAUGAUUUGGAGACUAUCUCUUUGCUUCCUCAAUUAGCUGUAGAAUGAUUAGAAAGCAAAAUGCUAUGGACAUUUUUAUUUAUUAAACCCUUCAAAACCUUCACUAAUGAAAAUGUAUAAUAUUCAAAUUUGUAGUCUAUAAGAGACAAAACUAAUAGUUUAAUCGUAAACUCCCUUUAGGCCGUUCAUUAUCCAUAAUAAUUUCUUGGUUGAUAUUCCACAGUAUUGUUCUUUCUAACUUUAAUCUUCUAACUAUAUCACUUAGGAAGUAUUGUUUGUUCAUGGUGGUAAAGUUUAUGUAACCUUCCAGAAAUAAGGAAAUCAAUUGGUUACACAUAAUUCCAUAGAACCUGACAAAUGAUAACCCACUAAAUCAUCUGAUAAUAAACUAUAUGGGAUCGUAUCUAAGACUAUCUUAGACUAAACAAAUUAAUUUUCCACAAUAAAAUUUUAAUUCCGAAUCCUCUUUUGUUUUACACAACCUUUGCAUUAUGUUCUUUAGAUUUCGAUUGGAAAUAAUAAACUGGUCAUGGAAUCUACACGAUAUCUUUCAAAAGAAAAUCAAACACCAUAACUGAAACCUUCUUACCGGUUUAUAUUCUUAACUCGACUGAUACUAUUUUACUUAAUGAGAAGUCACAUAGUAUAACUUACCCAACUUUUCGGGUUUAAUCCUUUGGAAUUGUUGACGACUUACAACAUAAGAAUAGUUUGUAGUGGCAAACUUUUACACUCUUUAUUCCCAUUAAUACAUCUAUUACUCAAGGAGCAUAUCAUCAGUUACAGAUACGAACUUAUUGGGAUAUUGUCUACAAAUACUUAUACUCGUUCAUAAGGGAUAUAAGAGAGCUCAAUGGUACCAUAUUCUUUAUUCUAUUGAAAUAUUCAUAUUCUAGAUCAUACUAUAUUCAAACACACUUCGUAAAUCCCUAUAUCGCAUGCAAUAGGUUAUUCUCUACAUUUUUACUCACCAUGUGGCUAAAAAUGUUGGACACCCGCUCCGAAGGUAUUUUCUAGCCUUCACAGCAGGGGUUACCAUUUUCGUUAGUCUCAGAGACUCUCUACGGAAUUUGAAGGGUUCCGCACCAUGUGGUUCAAACCAAAACUAUUGGUUCGAACUAACCCACUAGCUCUGAAUUUAACCGCUCGGUUAAAACCAGUUAAGCAGCCUCAUAGGGUUUAUUAUUUCAUUCUUUCAUAUUACACCAUGGGGGAUUCACCAUAUAAGUGAGGACCAGUUUAUUAACUACCGUGGAUCUAUUAUUUCUUUCUUUAAUAUUAUGAUACGGGAAUUUUAUCAUAUCAGUUUAACAACUACAUACAAUUUGUUAUUUUCUCCUUUAAUAUCAUGACAUGGAAAUUUUACCAUAUUACUCUAUAACAAUCAAUUAUCUACAUAAAUGCUAAACUCUCAUUGGAAACCAAGGUUGUUCUCCACUUGGAUUGUGUUUAAUAUUUAGUUAUGGUCUGUUAAGAUCAUCAACCUAUAAGAAUGAUCGAAAAUUUUCAUAAAUAACUUAUUUGGCUAAGAUAAGUGUUAUUAAGCACUUUUUGCUAUAAAGAUUUAGCAAAUUGACUUCAAUAGCCUUGACCUCAAGGGCUUAUCUCAUUUUAACCUCAUUAUCAUCCCGUCUAGCACAGUAACCCUUAUUAAUUGUUGACACGUUUGCUAAACUCUGGCCUGUUGUCCAACCUACCCAUAUGCUUUAUAAUACAUUAAGAAACAUCUUUAUCGUGUAAUGAAUACACAUGACACAUACAUAUAUACCCAACAUUUGUACUGAGUUCACUUAUAUGAAAUAGUAGUUACUCUUAUAUGUCUUUAACUACUCACUUACCUGAGAGAUGUCGAGGAGUGCGUGGCAAUGGAUGGAGUUACGGAAGGACCUGGGCUCUAAUACCAAACUGUAACGACCGUCCCCAAAACGGCCAUUACCAUACUCAAACAUAAAAGAGACUCGAUAAAUCAAGCGGAAAUAAAGAUACAAAGCCUCGAUAGGAGACUUUAUUUCUUUUAGAACAAAUCAAACCUUACAACCAUAACAAAAUGCAUCCAAAAUAAAACAUUUGUAAAACCAUUACACCUGAUCAGGAUUUUAAAAACGUUUAACAACCCUUUGAAGUACCAACGUACUAAAACCACAACAUAACUGAUAGCCCGAUCUUCUCCGUUAACCCAUCCAAAACCUUGUCACCGGCUGCAUACAUUCUCUCAGGCUUCCGUACCUCGUUCAUUACCUAUACAUGAGAAUACAAGAAAAUAGAAGUCUCGUAAGCAAUAAUGCUUAGUAAGUCACCAUUUCAUCCACUAAAAACAUUUAGGGAAUCUUAGCUAGCCAUAAUUAGAUACAUGAGCUUGAAUACUCCAUAUACAUAGCAUAUUCACACACAUAUUCAUAUAAUGUAAAACACAACAUCAUGUAACGAAAUCUAAAAGAUUUCCUCAUUCAUAAUUCUUUCUUCUUAUCUUAUUACUUGACUUGAUGGGCCCGUAGCUCGUGUCGUGGCCCCUUGCUAAUGACCUUGGGUAGCUAGCCCGCAGCCAUCAGAAGUAAUCCUGGGAUUCCCCGCGGAAGGAGAUCCCGCUCCGUUUAGCUCAGGUGAUUACUUGGGGGAACAGCUACCUUGUAACAUUUCUUGUCUUUCAUUACUUUCAUUAUCAUCAUAACUUCCUUUCAUUGUUGGUUCCAUAUGAAUCUAACCCCAAAUCAAACAUAGAACUUGAAAUUCACAUAUCUCAUGACAUACAAUUUCAAGUAUUCAUGCACAUACAUCACAAUCACAAUAUUCCAUAACUUUACAAUUAACACCACCUGUCAAUCGGUACAUAUAACUUGGAAUUCACAUAUUUCAUACCAUACAUUUUCAAAUACCCGGGAACAUAUAUCAUAUUCACAAUUAGCUAAUCUUCCACACUUUAUUUAGAACUAUCACGUAUAGGUGGUGGUGACUUACCUGGUUCACACGGAGUAUUUGCCCUUGUGUGUGCGUGUACGGUGUCCAUGAGCAACAGUUCUUCGAUGAGCAACUAUAAUUAUAAAUACACAAGCUUAUACUUGAUCAACCUUAAAUUCAUGUCUUUAGAAAAUCCUUAGACUUAAGGUGAGGGAAAGUUCACAAAUCAGCCCCUACAAGUUAGAAAACUCCCCCUUUUCCUACAACAAAUCGGGCAUAGAUUUGGGGUGGCUAGAUAAAUAAGAAUCUGAUUGAAUUUCAUGAAUCAAGACUCAUCAUCUAUCAACUACCUUUAAUAAUAUCAAGGACUCCAUGUAUCUAGUUAGAAUCAGCCACUAAUCAUUAAAAUACUUCCCAAAUUCUUUCAUUAAAUUGGGUAUAAUUUUGGGGUAGCUAAAUACUUAAAAUUUCACAAAAGUUUUUAAUCAAGGAUGAAGAACAACUCUAUAUCAACCUUAAUAUUAAGAAAAUAAAUUAAUUUCCCUAGAAUCAACUCUAAAUCAACAAACCCUAGAAAAAUCCCCAACCAAGAACUAUAGAUAUAAAUAUAGAAGAAUACUUUAUGUAAAGUGUAAAAUCUUACCAAGUGAUGAUUCUUGAUGAAUAAUAGACUUAGUUUGAGCUUGAAUCAGUCUAGGUAGGGUUUGGAAAUGAGUUUGUAGAGAGGGGGUCGAGCUGGGCUUCGUUUUGGGGAAAAUGGGAUUUUUCCCGUUUAAAUACGCCGUACACCGACCUGGGAAAAAAUCGCCCCGACCGGUGCCGAUUUGCCCCUGACCGGCGCCGUUUGUGAUGUGGUUUUGACGCCCCAAAGCUUCUGUUUUGGACCGGCGCCAGUUUGAGGUCAAUCGGGUGCCGAAAACGUCGUUUUUCGCCCUAAACCGACCCCGAUUGUUACUGUUCACAUCCUAGACCCCCGAUGACAUUUUAAACUAUAUUUUAAACACUUGAAUACUAUCUAACAUGAAAAAUAACUUGAUAUACCAUUACAUUUAAAAAUACGAAUGAUUAGUACGGUGUAGUUUCAUUGCUCAUCGGAUACCGUCGCCUGUGACGUUCAAACAUAAUACAAGCAUGUAAGUUCAAAUAUCAUUAUCACAAAGUUCAUACUCACGUGCUAUCCCUACACUUCACACAUAUAGCACUCAAACAUAAGUUAAAACAUGAUCAUAUAUAACAUUAAUUAAUGCAUAAGAAGUAGAAAAAGUACGGGCGUUACAGUAUGCGUAAUCUUUUUACUCACCAUGACAUUUUAUUUAGAAAAUCUUGUCGUGACACUCCUGAACAGAAUGAGGUGGCUGAGAGAAAACACCUUCAUCUUCUAGAAUUAACUCGCACUAUGCUCUUUGAGGCAAAAAUGCCAGCUACAUUUUGGGUAGAUGCGGUUUUUACUGCUACCUAUAUUAUCAAUCGUCUUCCCACUCCCAAUUUAAAUGGUUUAUCUCCCUUUGAAAAUUUAUUUCAUCAUUCUCUAGACUUCUCUUUUAUGCGCAUUUUUGGGUGUGUCUGUUUUCCAAAUUUCAAUGCCACGUCUUCAAAUAAACUUUCACCGCGUUCAGUUUUAUGUGUUUUUCUGGGUUAUCCUCCUGAGUAUAAAGGUUACCAUUGUCUUGAUCCGCUUACCGACAAAAUAUACAUCAAUAUGAAUGUUAUAUUUCAUGAAAAUUAUUUUCCAUAUUCUGAUUUAACGUCUUCUAAGUAUAAAAACACUGCCUCGGUGUCCCAUGCACAACCGCCUGCCCACAUACCCUUGGUAUCCCCAUCCCACACACAUCCCUCGGCAAUCUCCCCUUCUCCCAGUCCCGCGGACCUACUGACCGACCCCAAACCCUUUGCUUCCCUCUAUCAGCCACCUUCUCCCGUGCAGCCCAACAGAGCUGCAACCCCUCGGCCACCAUCACCCCGACAGCCUGAUAGUCCAACUCCUUCCCCGCCAUCAUCCCCAAACCAGUCCGACAGCCCCUCAGACCUCCCGCCAUCACCCAACACCUCCCGCCCCCAUAACCCGUCGCCACCUACUUUCCCGAAUCAGACCGGUCAUCCAAUGCAAACACGUGCCAAAUCAGACAUUUUCAAACCAAAAACUAUUUUUAAUCUUAAAACAUAUAUUAUGGCAUGUGAUCCUACUUGUUUUAAUUUUCAUUUGCUAAUAAAGAUGCUAAAUGGAGAGCGGCUAUGGUUGAGGAGUUUAAUGCUUUGAUUGACAAUCAGACUUGGGAUUUAGUUCCGUUUAAUCAUCAUAAGAAUGUGGUGGGGUCUAAAUGGAUUUAUAAAACUAAAUUUAAAUCUGAUGGGUCUGUUGAAAGGCAUAAAGCACGUCUAGUAGCUCAAGGAUUUACCCAACAAGCUGGGGUUGAUUUUUCUGAAACAUUUGGCCCUGUGGUCAAACCUACUACUGUUCAUAUUGUUUUGUCUCUUGUUGUUUCUUUUGGUUGGACCACGCGUUAGUUAGAUGUUAAAAAUGCUUUUCUUCAUGGGAAUCUGAUAGAGGAAGUCUAUAUGCAUCAACCACCUGGUUUCAUUCAUCCUCAGUUUCCUAAUCAUGUGUGCCGCCUGCGCAAGGUAAUUUAUGGCCUCAAGCAGGCUCCUCGGGCCUGGUUUUACAGGUUUAGUAGCUUUCUUCUGACUCAUGGCUUUAUAUGCAGCAAGUCUGAUAAUUCCUUAUUUAUUCAUCUCCGCGGGUCAUCUAUUCUUUACCUGCUUCUUUAUGUGGAUGAUAUUAUUAUUACCGGUAAUUCCCCUUCCUUUAUUUCUUCCUUUAUUUCUUGUCUUGACCGAUACUUUGCUAUGAAGGAUUUAGGGGAUUUACAUUUUUUCCUCGGUGUCCAAGUUGUGCGUCUACCUAACGGUCUAUUUUUAUCACAGUAAAAAUAUGUGUCUGAUCUCCUAACUAGGUUUCAUCUUCAUACUCUUAAACUUGUUUGCACCCCUCUCCCUUCUAGAACUAAGUUAUCUCUCACUCAUGGUGAACUUCUUGCAGAUCCUAUGGAAUACAGAAGUAUGGUAGGUGCUUUACAGUAUUUGACUAUGACUCGACCUGAUAUUACUUUUGAUGUUCACCUGGUUUCCCAAUUUAUGCAUGCUCCACGUACUUCACAUAUUUUGGCUGUUAAGUGCAUUUUCAGGUACCUCCAAGGCACUCCAGAUCAUGGCCUACUGCUUCAGCCAGAUCAGUCAUCUCCUACCGUUCAGGCCUAUUCUGAUGCUGAUUGGGCCGGGUGUCCUGAUAGUAGCCGGUCCACAUCUGGUUUUGCUAUUUUCUUGGGUCCUAACUUGAUUUCCUGGAAAUCCAAAAAGCAGCCCACUGUUUCCCGAUAAUCUACAGAGGCCGAAUCCAGGGCCAUUGCCUACACAGUUCAGGAUACACUACACAUCAGGUCCAUUUUGUUCAAGCUAGGGGUACCUAUUUGCGUGCCGGUUCGGUUGCUGUGUGACACUGUUUCUGCUUCAUAUUUAUCCACUAAUCCUAUUCAGCAUGCAUGCAGCAAAUACAUCAGCAUUGAUUAUCAUUUUGUCAGGGAGCGUGUUUCUCAUAGAGACCUCGUAGUGCGCUAUGUUCCUACACAGUUUCAACUAGCUGAUAUCUUCACCAAAUGCUUAUCUCCUCAACAGUUUAUUUUUCUUAGGGACAAUCUGCAUGUUGUUUCCCCUGCACAGAUUGAGGGGGUGUAAUAAUGUAUUAAUGAGCUAAAAUAGGGUUUCCAUAUUUUGUUAGUUUCCUAUUGUAUUUUGGACACUUAUUCUAUUAUAUAUAUGACAUCCAGGGCUACCUAUUGGGUAAG